AUGAACAAAGACGUUUCAGAAGAGCCAUCAAUUGAACCACAAGUUCAAGGAAAUGAAUCAAUUGGGGACAAUCAGUCCGAGGAGACGCAUUUAACACGAUUCAAAGAACGAAAAAGAGAAGAAGAACUUCAACGAAAAUCAAAAUUAAAACAAAAGGAACAUAAUGUUGUUAUUCAUCCAAGAUUAAAACCCGUACCAUUUAAAAAUCUGGAUUUAGCACCUUCAUCAACUCCUGAUCAAAAUGAAGUUAUAACUAUAGAAGGAAUUAAAUUUGGACAAAUUGAAGAUCUUCCUUUUAAUAAACGAGGAUUCAAAUAUAAACAUUGUCGACCAAAUCCAGGAUUUGUCUCCAAUUUGUAUUCCACAACUGAUGAUAAACCAUAUGAGGUGAGAACUAGUUUAUUUGAUAGAUCAGCAGGGAUAUUGCUUAGUGAAGAUUUAAGUACGAUUACCACAUCUCAAGGAUGGAGAUCAGCAAGGACAAAUGUUUGUAUAAGAGAAGGUUCAUAUUAUUUUGAAUUUAGAAUCUUGAAAGCAGAUGAAAAAAGUCAUGUCCGAAUAGGAAUUAGUAGAAAAGAGGCUAGUUUAGAAGCACCUGUUGGGUUUGAUGGAUAUAGUUAUGGAUUAAGAGAUGUUGAUGGACAAUUCAUGACAAUCAGUAGAAGACAAAAAUUAUGUGUUGAAGGCGGAUUCCGUACUGGCGAUGUUAUUGGGUUCUUGGUUGAAUUACCACCACUUGAAAAACAUAGAAAAGCGAUUGAAGAAUUUACUAUGGAGAAAAGUAUCCUUCAACGUGAUCAAAAACAAAAAAGAAGAAAAAAGAAAAAGGUUGAACAGAAUAUCCAAGAUAAUGUCAAAUUUAACCAACAUGGAAACAUUUUGAGAGACCAAAUUCCUAUCAAGUAUAAGAAUGCUUUGUAUUAUGAACAAUACGAAUAUACCACUACCAAAACUAUGGAACAUUUGCUUAAUCCGGUUACUGUUUUUGGUGAGAAGGCAAUCAUUGAAAUGGAUGACAAGACAAAGAAUAUACCAAUAAUUCCUGAAUCCAGAAUACGCGUAUUUAAAAACGGUAUUGAACAAGAGUCUAUCACCGAUAUGUAUUCAUUCUUACCAACAAAUCUUGAAGAUACAGAAGAUAUAAACUUGGGACCAAACACAAGACAGCAGCUGAAUCCAAAUUAUAGAAAUACUGAUGAUGGAAGUCUAGGAUAUUACCCAAUGCUUUCGGCAUUUCAGUAUGGAGUGGUACAGCUUAAUCCUGGCCCAGAUUUCGAUUUUGCUCCACCACCGAUUACAACUACCAAAGAAAGAGUUAAACCAUUAAGUGACAGAUACAACGACCAAGUUGUUGAACAACUAUACUGGGAUAUAAUUGAUGAAGUUGAAGCACAAUAUUUAGAUAGUUUUGAUCUUAUAAGGUAG